GAAUAACACCAAGAAAUUUCAACACCCAAAAGAUCCUAUCUUUCUAAAUCACUAAGGCUCAGACCUUGCCACGAUCGCUGUGCCGUACAAAAGAUCCAAGACAAGGCCGUCUCUAUUGACAUAAAAACAAACCACAACAAGGCAAACAGAUCGACCAAUAUUUAGUUCUUUAACUUGAAAUCCUUCUACACAAUUUGGAAGAGAAAUUUUAAGUGGGGAUUUGAAGCAGGUCAAGAAUGGAAGGUCAAGAAGAGAAGGUUUACGUUGCACUUGGGAACCAGCUGCCAGAUGGAAUCAAGACUUUGGAGUGGACUUUGAGGAAGUGGAGAUUUCAGCCGAUUUCGAUUGUUAUCCUUCAUAUAACCAACAGUGUUUCUGCCAAAGAUUAUGUUUCCACCCCAUAUGGGAAGCUGCCUGCAAGUUAUGUGAGUGAUGAGAAAGUGAAGAUUCUGAGGAGGCUUGAUCAAGACAAAAUUGACAAAAUCCUUUCCAAGUACAUAAAUUUCUGUCGCAAGGCUAGGGUGAAGGCUGAGAUACUCAACGUGGAGAGAUAUGAUGACCCUAUUCAUAUGCAAAUCCUAGAUCUGAUUUCGGGACUUCAUAUAACCAAAUUGGUGAUGGGAUUUUUGUUCAUGAAAUCAUCUUCAUGGAAACCAAAAACCGUAAUCAGUGGAUCAUUUCACAUCCAUCAGCACAAGCCGGAAUCUUGUGAAUUCUUCAUAAUAUGUGGUGGAAAGGAGGUAUUUCUAAGAGGAGAAAAUAAUGAUCAAAGAAUAUCAAUGGAAGAUGAUCAAGGAGCCAUGGUUGCAACAAUGAAAGACAGGGUCAGUAUCAAAUUUAUCAUAGGAAGUAUGUUCGGAAGUCGUCAAAGCUCAUCUGUUUCAUCAACAAGAAACCAUUCAUCCAGCUUGGAAAAUAUGCAGUGGGAUAAUUGUGUUCAAGAAAUUGAGAUUUACUUGCAGCAGUUGUGUUCAAAUUCGGAUGAAGAAGAUUAUCAUGAACAGGAAAGUGAUACUACUCAACAAGCUAGUCCAACAGAUGCCAUAGUGCUGGAACUUAAUGGAAAUCCGAAUUUGAACAUUGCAGAAAAAUUUGAGUCCCUUAAAAUUAAAGUAAGAGAAGCUCAUGAGAGGUUACAGUCGAAGAAGAAAGAAGUCCAAGCAAGUGUUGAUAGGCGUCUCAAAGCUGAAUGGGCCAUUUGUUUAUGCAAACGCCGGGCUGAAGAGUUAGAGAUUCAAAUAAAGGAAGAGGCCAAGAAGAGAAUAGAAAUGAAGAAAUUACUAGACAAAGAUAAAGAUUUCCUCCAUGAAGUAAAAACCGAUAUUGAAGAAAGCAAGAACAAGCUAAACUCACUCAUAGAGCUUCGAUCAGAGCUUUCACAAAGGCUCCGUAUUUCCAAAAUGGCAAGAGCACGCAUGGAGGCCCAGCUAGAGAAUGACAUAACAAAUCGUGCAGAAAUGGUUCGAGAAAUCGAAGAGUUGCGACGAGAAAGAGACGUUUUCCAGCGGAGGAUUGAAUUUUGCAGAGAGAAAGAUGCCCUAGGAAUGGCAGGAAGGUCGAGUAGUGAUCAACUGAGCUGCUGUUUGAGGGAGUACACAGUCGAAGAGAUAAAAUUGGCCACCAAUGGCUAUUCAGAGAGAUUGUUAUUUAAAACAGGAAGUGAUAGAAGCCUUACUGUUUAUAAAGGGCGUAUCAACCAUGACAGAGUUGCUAUCAAACUAUUCAACUCGGAUGAUGGACUGCCCCGAGAAGAUUUUCAAGCCAAGGUGAAGCUCAUCAGCCACAUUAGGCACCCUCAUCUGCUUGCCAUGAUGGGCUACUGCUCCGAGCUAAACUGCAUUGUCUAUGAAUACAUGCACAAUGGUAGCCUACAGGAUGUCUUAUUUUCCUCUCCGGAAAACUCUAUAAAGGGAUGCCGGGUUCUGACGUGGCACGACCGCAUUCGCAUUGCAGCUGAGGUUUGCUCCGCCGUGUGCUACAUCCACGAGGCUCGGCCCAAGCCCAUUAUUCAUGGGCACCUCAGCCCAUCCAACAUCCUCCUCGAUGGCAACCUCGUUGCGAAAGUCGGUGGGUUUGAGCUCGGCCACUACGACGAAAGCCAUGUUGGAUGGGACGUACGGGCUUUCGGGGUUUUGACUAUGAAUCUUCUAAUCGGGAGGAAUACAGUUGAUGAGGCUAUGUUUACGGAUAUGACAGGCCUGGUCCGGGCUUUAGACGAGACUGCUGGGCCUUGGCCAUUGGAUUUGGCUCAGGAACUUGCGGGCUUGGUAUCACUGUGUUUAUCCGUAAACGAUAGGCCUAAUAUGGAUUGUCAUCAUUUAAUGAUGACAAUAAUGGAAGAGCUUGAUGUAAUCAAGAAAAAGGCUGAUGAUGAUUUUGUUGCAAGAGGAGGGUCAUAUGGAGUGAAUAUUGGUGGAAGAGUUCAUGAAGAAGUCUGCAAUGAUGUCCCAAGUGUUUUCCUCUGCCCCAUCUUUCAGGAAGUUAUGAAGGAUCCACAUGUGGCCGCUGAUGGAUUUUCAUACGAGCGGGAAGCCAUUGGAGAAUGGUUGCGAAUGGGACGCGAUACAUCACCAAUGACAAAUCUACAACUUACGCACACAACUCUUGUCCCUAAUCGUACCCUUCGUUCUCUUAUUCAAGAGUGGCAUUGUAAAAGAUCGAUUCCAUAUCCACAGUAGUGCUAAUGUGCAGAAUUCAUUAGAGUAUGCCAAUAUAUGAGAACAAAAAAUAUAUAUAUAUAUAUUCAAUCCUAUCUUCC